AUGGCGGCCGACAGCCUUCACUAUCCAGCUCCCAAGGCCUUGGCUGUGCUGGGGGCCAGGCCUGGAGAGAGAGCCACGGAGCCGAGGGCCUCUGGGGCCAGCCCGAGUCACAGGGCCCCACCUUCACCGGCUGUGGAGCCACUGGCCAAAGAGCUAAUGUUCACCUCGCGCCAGCCCCUGGAGCCGCAGCAGGAGCAGGGCUGCGCCCUGCCCAGCGACUCCCAGCGGAGAAAGCGCAAGACGUGGGGAUCAGAGUACUUGCUCCGUGUUGGACCCGGGGACGUGGCCCAAGCCCGUUUCCUCACCUGUAAAAUGGGUGCUCGUGGACCUUUGGUGCCCCCCGACCAGCUGAGGACGAGCCCCCAGCCUCAGCAGCCGGGGAGGCCCCAGAACGGAGGGACCACCCAGGCGCUGAGGCCAAGCAGACCGAGGGGAGAGUCUCGUCACUGUCAGCAGGGCCGGGACCAGCAACAGGCGUGGGCCCUUGGGCCCCAGGUUGUGGUCAUUCCCUACAUCUACGUCCUGGGCACCGUCCCCUCUUCUUUGGAAAAGGUCACUUCCGGGUUCUCAGUCCCUGUGGCUCAGGCCGACGAGCAGCCCGAACCUCGGACGCGGCGCCGGGCCUAUCUGUGGUGCAAGGAGUUCCUGCCCGGCGCCUGGCGGGGCCUUCGCGAGGACCAGUUCCACAUCAGUGUCAUCAGAGGUGGCCUCAGUAACAUGCUGUUCCAGUGCUCCUUACCCGACACCGUGGCCUCUGUUGGUGACGAGCCCCGGAAGGUGCUCCUGCGGCUGUACGGGGCCAUUUUAAAGAUGAGGCCCUGUAAUAAAGAGGGAUCCGAACAAGCUCAGAAAGAAAAUGAAUUUCAAGGCGCCGAGGCCAUGGUCCUGGAGAGCGUCAUGUUCGCCAUUCUCGCCGAGAGGUCGCUCGGGCCCAAGCUGUACGGCAUCUUCCCCCAGGGCCGCCUGGAGCAGUUUAUCCCGAGCCGGCGAUUAGACACUGAAGAAUUAAGUUUGCCAGAUAUUUCUGCAGAAAUAGCUGAGAAAAUGGCCACAUUUCAUGGUAUGAAAAUGCCAUUCAAUAAGGAACCAAAAUGGCUUUUUGGAACAAUGGAAAAGUAUCUGAAUCAAGUGCUGAGGGUCAAGUUUGCCGGGGAGCCCCGAGUGAAACAGCUGCACAGACUCCUCCGCUACAACCUGCCUUCGGAGCUGGAGAGCCUGAGGUCACUGCUGGAAGCCACCCCUUCUCCGGUUGUGUUUUGUCAUAACGACUGUCAGGAAGGUAACAUUUUGAUGCUGGAAGGCAGAGAGAACUCUGACAGGCAGAAACUGAUGCUCAUCGACUUUGAGUACAGCAGUUACAAUUACAGGGGAUUCGACAUUGGGAAUCAUUUCUGUGAGUGGAUGUAUGACUAUAGCUAUGAGAAGUACCCUUUCUUCAGAGCCAGCAUCCUGAAGUACCCCACCAAGAAACAGCAGCUCCACUUUAUUUCCAAUUACUUGGCUGCUUUCCAAAAUGAAUUUGAAAACCUCAGUAAUGAAGAAAAGUGCGCUAUAGAGGAAGAAAUGUUGCUUGAAGUCAAUAGGUUCGCCCUCGCGUCCCAUUUCUUCUGGGGACUCUGGUCCAUCGUGCAGGCCAAGAUCUCAUCCAUUGAAUUCGGGUACAUGGACUAUGCCCAGGCGAGGUUCGAUGCCUAUUUUGACCAGAAGAGGAGGCUUGGGGUGUGAGCGUGGGAGGCGCCGCCCGCUUCAUCCCUGGACCCCGCGGGGGCGGCCGGGCCGGAGGGGCCCUCGGAGCUCCGACUGCCGGACCUGCGGCAUGAAGGCUCGGACGUCUCGCUGCCCAGCGCAGAUGUGUAUGAUACGAAAGACUGUAUUAAAAUUGAGUAGCCUUUAUUUCCUAUCUUGUUUGCAGUUUCGCUAGGACUCUGCGAUGACAUCGGGAGGCAGGGACGUAGUACGAUGGUGCGAUAGUGCGGUGUCUGAGAGCGCCUUCCGCCUAGAGCAGGCGGCUCACGUUCGGGGCUGGAGGUUUCCGGCGGAUACGGCAGGGGUAAACCGUGUCUCUGCGGGCACUUUUCUUGGUUAAUGUUGAUUUUUUCAAGGAAGUGAGUUAACGUGCUGGUGAACCCGGCGGCCGGGCUCCCUGGGUAACCGUGUGUGUAGACGAGGCUCGCUCCCACAGGUGGCGCAUGAGCCAGGACCGACUGUGACGUUGCCCUGCGGCCACGAGUCUCCGAAGCUGCUCCUUUGCCUUCCGGUCCACGUGGCAGCUGCACCCCCAGACCGUAGACGGCGCGGGAGGGGGGUGAGCUGUUGUCUCCGGCCCGUAAACUAGGCCGCUGGGACCUGUCACGCCGGCGCAUCGCCCACUAAGCAGACGUGUCCCCCGCCCUGUCCUCCGUAACUGAAUGUGCUUCGGCCUCGGGCAAGUGGGCGGCCGUGGCCACAGGGGCUAGCCGAGGCGCGGUGGGGACCUGGGGACACAGGCGCCCCCCGCCUGCCCGCCCCAGGGGAAGCAGCGUGAGCCCUGCCGUCUGCAGCCUGUUCUCUUCCUCCUCCGCUCGGCUGAGAUCUGGGGAGCCUGGGACCCGGCUGGCUGCCCUGGCAUCGUCCUGCCCCGGGGCUCCCUCUGCUGGGGGCCAUGGGGUGCCGGAUGGGGAGAGGGAGGCCUGGCUUUGGCCCCCAGCCAGGUCCCCCCUGCCCUCACUGGUCCCCGCGUCCCUGACAGGGUCACUCUAGCGGGAAAGCGCAGCCAGUGUGUGGAACGUGGGGGCGUGGAUGCGGUCAGCCGGGAACCCAUCUCUAGUAAACGUCCUUUGGGAUGAAAUUUUUUUUUACUCUGAACUCUUACUGGAAUUGUUUUUUGUGCAUACAUUUCUGCUACCAGAGAUUGUAUUACACAAACAAUAAAAACAUACAAACCGAC